AUGAAGACAUUUAUCGUUCUUGCUAUCUGCUUCGUUGCGGCUCAGGCCCUCUCUGAAGAACAGAAGGAGAAGCUCAAGAAGCACAGAUCGGAAUGCCUCGCUGAAACUAAGGCGGAUGAACAAUUGGUCAACAAGUUGAAGACCGGAGAUUUUAAGACCGAAAAUGAGCCCUUGAAGAAAUACACACUCUGCAUGCUGACUAAAUCAGAGUUGAUGACCAAGGAUGGGAAAUUUAAGAAGGAUGUUGCUCUCGCCAAAGUUCCUAAUGCAGCGGAUAAGCCAGCAGUGGAGAAACUGAUCGAUUCCUGUUUGGCAAACAAAGGAAACUCCCCACACCAGACUGCCUGGAACUACGCCAAGUGCUACCACGAGAAGGACCCCAAACAUUCCAUCUUCCAA